AUGUAUGCAGAUUGCUCUAAAUUAACCUUUGGGUUUACAAGUUCUACCUGGAGGAUUGUUCCAGCAGAGGACUGGACACAACUUGAAUGGUGUUCACGCAAGCUGACCUCCUCAUCAGCUUGUCAAGAACCGCAUCCUGUUCCAGUUCAUUGUCUUGGAAGGGGCACAUCAGGAAUAUUACUUUGUGCAAAGACAAAGCUUGCAAAAUCCUAUCUUGCAGCAUACUUUGCCGAUGGAACGUCAGUUGGUGUCAGCAGGCAUGCCAAUUCAGAACUUAAGACAAUGAGGAAAAUUACAAAGACAUAUUGA